CGGCGCAGCAUAGCAGAGCACGCACAGAGAGAGGGAUUUAGAGAGAGAGAGAGAGAGAGAGGUGGGAUUCGGAGAGUGGAAAAAUACAAAACCGUUCGAGACAGAUGGUACCAUGGUAGACAGAGAGAGAGAGGAGAGAGAAAAUUGUUUCUAUUUUUGGCAAAGAUCGAGUGGGCCAACACAAGCCGCAUUGCCCCCUUUUGUGAUUUUUAGCUAGGGCUUUUCUGAUUUUUUCAUUCUUUUCUGCAACAACAAAUACAAAUCUUUCAUAUAAAACCAUUAAACCGCAAUACAUUGUUUCAAGAAAUGUAGAAGAUUUCAGAGAGUGAAAAGGUGGAUUAUAUUUAUCCAUUAUUUUAUUUUUGAAAAAACUUUUGGGGAAUAAAUCAUAUACAUAUAUCCAUAUAUAAUGUUCUACCAUUGCAACAACAUACACUCGAGAGAGGGAGACAUUUUAGAGAGAGAGAGGGAGACAUUUUAGAGAGACUUCUGAGUAUUAUUCAGCAUCAAUCCGACGCUAAAGCUUGGUUCUUGGCUGUUUACUAUGGGCUUGGAUGGAAGUGUCGCAGAGCUAGAAAACAGGGACAAUGUUCACCAAGCAUGGGCUAUCUACAUGCAUGCCUUUUCUGAUCUGUCUCAUGUUUCUCCUGUAGUUUUUCUAUACCUUUUGAAAGAAUGUUAUUUUAACGGUACGUGCAAGGCGACAAAAAAGUUUCGUAUUCUUCAGCAACAAGUCCAUCAAGUUCUAUGUAAUGCUCCCCAACCUGGGCCAGCUAUUUUUAUUGCUCACUGCCUCUAUGUCUUGCCUAUAUUUGAAGCAUAUUCUGGAGGUUUUAGUCACUUAAUAAUAUCUGCUCUUCGUCGUUUUCUAAAAUUGGGAACCACCCUGGAGGACUUGCUGGAAGCUAAGUCUCUCGCUGCUCAGUUAUUUGUCUGUACGGUUGAGGGCAGUGUAAUCUAUGAUGAAGGUGUUCUCAUAAAGAUACUCGAAGUUUUUGAUGUCAACUUGACAGACAUUGAGAAAAUCACGUGGAAUUCAGAUCUGAAGUACAAUGGUAGUUUAGUAACUGGGCAAAGAUUUGUUGAGCAAUAUAUUUUCGAGUUGAUAAAAUCCCAGUCAUAUAUGACAGCAGUCACACUAUUGGAACAUUUCUCUAUCCGCGGGUCUGGGGAGUCAUUUUUACUUACAAUGAUGCAAAACAAACAGUUCAGAGCAGCGGAGAAGUGGGCAACAUUUAUGGGGAAGCAGAUGCUGUGUGUCCUGGUUCAGGAAUUCGUUGACAAGAAUCUGCUAAAGUAUGCUUACGAGGUUAUAAAGAAAAACAAUCUCCGGCAGGAAUUUCCAGAAGUAUAUCAUAAGUGUAAAGAAAGCUCGCUAAAGAAGCUAGCAGAAAAAGGAUGCUGGGAUGUAGCAGAGGCAAAGACGAACAGUGAUAGACAACUUCUUGAAUAUUUGGUUUAUUUGGCAAUGGAAGCGGGUUACUCAGAGAAGGUUGAUGAACUUUGUGAUAAGUACUCUCUCAAAGGUUUUGUGAGCAUCAAAGAACCUGAGGCAAGCCUUCUACAGAGUCGAUAUCUACAGCUUGAUGAACUGAUUUUGGAAGACAUCGUUUGGGUUGAUGAAGUCAACGGUUUACAUGACGCAACACGCCACAUUGAGGGAUGCAAAGUUAUAGGCAUUGAUUGUGAAUGGAAGCCUAAUUAUGUAAAGGGCAGCAAACCAAAUAAGGUUUCUAUCAUGCAAAUUGCUUCCGAAAAGAUGGCUUUCAUCUUUGACCUGAUAAAGUUGUUCAACGACGUGCCUGAUAUUUUGGACAACUGCCUAAGCCGCAUUUUACAUUCUCCUAGUAUUCUAAAGCUUGGCUAUAAUUUUCAGUGUGAUGUGAAGCAGCUAGCUUAUUCGUAUGGACAGCUUGGGUGUUUCAAGCAUUAUGAGAUGCUACUGGAUAUUCAAAACAUGUUCAAAGAACCUAGGGGUGGUCUGUCUGGACUUGCGCAGAAAAUACUGGGAGCUGGUUUGAACAAGACAAGACGGAACAGCAACUGGGAGCAACGGCCUUUAAGUCGUAAUCAACUUGAAUAUGCUGCUCUUGAUGCUGCUGUACUCAUCCACAUAUUCUACCAUGUCCGUAACCAAUGUCAGCCUGCUGGUGUCUCUGACGAACAUGCCAAAAUUGAAUGGAAAUCAUACAUUGUUUCGCGCAUGGACAACCACCCCAAAAAAACGGGGGAGACCAGAAGUAAAAAGGAAUGUGAUGGUGGAAUUGAUGAACCUCCACAACUCAGUUAGUAUUAGGUCACACUUUCCUUUCCUUUGCGUUUGGCCAUUCCUUGUCUGUAAAUAUUUCCAUUUAGAUGUAGUAAACAAAGUAUUAAAGCAUGAUGCACUGAAUAUUUAGAUGUAUAUUUUGGAAAAAUGCUUUACUGAAAAAUGGAGACUACUACUUCCUUGGACUUCUAUCUGCUAUUCAACCUAAGAUUACCAAGGCAUUUUGAUGUAGUAAACAAAGUAUUUAAAAUGCUUUACUGAAACAUGUCAAGGCAUUCUUGGUCUCUUGAUUGAGAUUUAGUUUAA